UAUUUUCGUUUUGUGAUGACACUCGAGUCGGAAAAUAAUUUUAUGUGCAGGUGGAUGACACAAAAGUUAGCCAAACAUUAUAUUUUUUUGGUUUCAUCGGAGUCUUAGAAAAAGUGCUGAUAACUGUGAAUAAAUAUUGAAUAGUUUCUGAACACUAUAAUAGUAAUCUCAGGAAAAUCAAAAGUGAUUUUUUCGAAGUGUGUAUUGUAUCGCUGAACAAAUUCUACGUUGCAUCAUGAUUAAACAGAAAUCUGAAGAAAUGCAAAUAGAAGGCAUCGAUCCUUUAAUAUCACCGAACAGCAAACGAAGAAAUGAAUCGACUUUACGGCAGCUACAAAAUGAUAUGAUGGGUAAAGCUCGAUCUACAUUGAGUAGUUUGGGUGACGUUUUGAAGGGAAGUAAGAGUGCUCCAAAUACUCCAAUUACAAGUGGUUCCGGAAAUGAACAGUUUUACAAUUAUGAAGAAACAGACCAAUAUUUUGCAACUCCACCUCGAAGCCCAAAAACUCCAAAAGAUAAAAGUACGCUGGACUUUUUCCCUUGGUCUAAAACAAAAGGUAGAGAAAGUUCUAAAAGUGUCAAAAAAGAAAAGCUCAAACCUCAACAACCUCAGCUGAGUGAUGUCCACGAGGAAGAAAUUGAUGGUGAGCGAAAAAAUAUGUCUCACAUACAAAACCUAAGAUCAACUUUAUCAUCGACGGGAACUGUGAAGAAAAAAACAACUUCUGACACCAUGUCUCCCAUUCGUGGUCAACCUCAAAUACAAAAAGAAAAAAAUAUGUACUCGUCUGAAUAUUCGGAGGGAGUAGUUGAUUUCAAAACUGAGAAUGAUCUGAGUCGGUCAAUGGAAGAUGGAAUACAAUACCUGCAUCGCGAUAACAUGCGCAGCAGUGAAAAAUAUUAUGACAGUCGUCCAAGAUCUUAUAAUGAAAAAUAUACUCAUAAUUACAAUCAUUAUUCGCGCGAUCCUACAGAAUAUAGUGAACAAUAUGAAGAAAAUUUUGAACAAAAUGCAAGACUUGGUCGAAAAUCGUCCAAUCCAUCUAGUCCUGUACCAGCGAAACAUAUAUUGUUUAACGAAGAGAAUGAUAUUCUCUACUUUAAGGAUAACCAACGUCUUUCGAAAACAAAAUCAUCAAGUGAACAUUACAGCAGGGACAAACACAAAACAGUUCCAUUUAAAACUUUGUCAACAAAAGACAACAAGAAGCCACAAGAUUCAACUCCAAUGACAAUUCGAAAAGCUUCAAGAGAUGAUAAAAUGAUGACUGGUACAAAUGCGUCACAAUGCAUGAUAGAGCCAACAUUGAACAAAGCUGGAGUGAAGCCCUUCAAACCUGGGACUAAUGUAGACGAUAAAACAAGAACAAAUCAGAAAACAAUUAUAUCUAGACCAGGAUUAUCUAGAGAUUAUUCAAUAGAUUAUAGAUACCCCUCAAAUGACAUGCAUACUGAUUCAAGUUCAUAUGGCAAAUCAAUGGACCAACGGCCAGUACGUACAAUACAAUCUAGCAACGACGAUUCAAGUGAUAAGCGAUACAGUAAAAAGAUAUGUUUUCAAGAACCAACAUAUGACGAUAAAACUAAAUGUGAUACACUACCUCGGAGCAGAAGAGGUUUUAGGAAAACGGAAUGCGAUCAAAGUGUAAACGAAUAUUUAGAUAAGGAAAUGCUACGUCCACGUAGUGGGAGUCUAGAUUCAGACCUUGAGUCACAAGCAAUGCGCAUAGUAAGGACAGUUGGACAAGCUUUUGAGGUGUGUCACAAGUUAUCUAUGCAAGACAGCGGUGACAACGCAGAUGAGCAUUCGGAAUUAUCUCACUGUGAUAUAUCCGAACAGGAUCGAAGUUUUGAUAGAAUAAGCGACGAGGGAGAAAACAAAAAAGACAAUGUUACAGCAAUUCAGGAAUCACCACGACAACUUAGGCCUACUCAUCUGGACCUGGAUAUAACAACAAAUCUAAUAUCACCUCAGCGAACUCCAGAAUCAUCAGAAAUACUCCAAAAGACUCCUCUCUCUGCAUCAAAAGAGAUAAUAACUUUGAAAGAGCAACUUGAUCAACAACAACUUAGCACUAGACAAGUCUUGACUCAAUUGAUGCUGGUUCGAGAACAAUUGAUUACAGAAACCAAUGCAAGAAUCGAGGCACAGGAAAGUAUUUAUCCUAAUUUUUUCGCAUACGUUGACUUGAAGAAGAAAAAUCAAACAAACAUAGUCAUAAUCAAGGCGAAUACAUAUGUAUUAUAAACCUACUAGCUGACCUGCCGAUCUUCGUUUCGCCAAUAAUUAAUACAUGCCAAAAUCGAUUCCAUUUGUUUGAUUAGUUCUCGACUCAAGAGAAAAUCUGUGUUUCAUUUGUAAAUGAGCGUCCCCCCACCCCUUUCAUAGCGGUGAGGGGUUCCGAAUCACCUCAGAAACAUAUCUUGCCUUCAAAAACCCUCAAAUGUUAAAUUUGGCUCAAUUUGCCUAAUUAGUUCAAUACAAAAUUUUCAAAACGACUUAUCUGCUUUUGUAAACAAAUAUUCAGACGUCGAUUUGACGAAUCUGUUAGCACUCCCACGCAAACCAACACCAUCAAUACGUAGAUGAAAGCUUUUGCAACCUGUUCGUGGUGGUUUGCGUGGGAGUGCUAUCAGAUUCGUCUAAUCGACGUUUGAAUCUUUAUUUACAAGAGCAGUUAAGUCGUUUUGAAAAUUUGGAAUUGAGUUCCCGAGUUAUGCAGAUUUUUUUGUUAUAUUUGUAUGCAGGGAGGGGUCUCGAACCAUCAUAGAAAAAAUUCUUGUCAUCAAAAACCUUCACAUGCCACAUUUGGUUCCAUUUGCUUGAUUAGUUCUCGAGUUAUGUGGAAAUUUGAUUUUUAUUUAUAUGGGACCCCCCUCCUUUCGAGAAUGGGGAGGGGUCUUGAACAACCUUAAGAACUUUCCCAGCCCGAAAAAAACCCUGUAUACAAAAUUUUGCGCUGAUCGGUUCAGCGAAUUCCGAGUCUAGAAAGGUCAGACAGAAAAAUAUAUUAAUCUCCAUUUAAUUCCACUUAUUAUUAUCGAUAUCUUUGCAGAUACGUAUUUCGACCACAACUGUGUGGUCGUCUUCAGUGUCUCGUACUUGACUCGACUGGAAGAAAACAAUU